GACUCAGUAUAAGAGCAGCUGCUGACUCCUCAGCAGGAUCAGACUCAGGAUGGGAGUUCAAGGUCUGGCCACUUUGAUCAAGAAUCACCGGACCAUCUACCGGGACGUCCGGUUCAGGAAGAGCCGGCUGGUGAUCGACGGCUGCAACCUGAUCCACCUGCUGUACUUCAACUCAGGUCUGGACCAGAAUCAUGGCGGGCAAUACGUUGCGUUUGAGGACCUCAUUGAGAUGUUCAUCAAAGCCCUCAGACACUGCGGUAUUACACCGUACGUGGUGCUGGAUGGAGGCGCCGACUUAACCGGCAAGAAGGUCGAAACUUCAACGCUCAGAGCCAAGGAUAAAGUGAAGAGAGCCCAUCGAGCGGCGGUGGGAGACAUGAAGCAGAAUAUCCUGCCACAGCUGGCCGAGCUGACGUUCAAACAGACGUUGGCCCGGCUGGAGGUCCCGGUGGCUCAGUGCUAUGGAGAGGCCGACCAGGAGAUUGCCGCCCUGGCAAAUGAGUGGCAGUGCCCGGUGCUUUCCAAUGACAGUGACUUCUACAUCUUUGACCUCCCGGCGGGGCUGCUGCCCAUCUCUUAUUUCCAGUGGGAGGCUGUGGUGCAGAGCGGCUCGCAGAGCUACAUCCCCUGUAAGAACUACAACGCCUCCAGCUUCUGCAUCGUCUUCAACAUCCAGCGCCAGCUCCUGCCCACCUUCGCUGCCUUGGCUGGGAACGACUACGUGAAACUGGAGAGGAUGGACUCGCCCGUACGUUGGACUCAGUUCUGUCCGACAAGCAGCUGGACACCAAGCCGCCUGGAGGGUCUGCUCUGCUGGCUGCGGGACUUCCACCAGCCUCAGGAGGCCUUUGAGGCAGCGCUGGGGCUGAUGGGAGAACUGAACAUGAAGAAAAAGGCGGAGGUGCUGAAGGGCUUGUAUCUGGGCAUGGAGGAGUACAAGCUCCCUCCCAGCUCCCUGAAGAGGUUCUUCAUCCACGGGACGCCACCUCCGCUCCCAGCAGCAGAAGAAGUGGCAGGUCUUGUCCCAGACUGGACCCGGUUACCGCUGACGCAGGCUCGGCUGACUUCAGACAUCCUCGACGUGCUGCAGCUGCACGGCAUAAGCCUUGCCUUCACCGUGGGCGACGCCGACAUGCCUAGCAUGCACCUGACCUCCAGGCCGAUCCGCCAGGUGAUGUACGGGCUGCUGCUGGGCAAAGGGAAGCAGCAUCAGGUGACAGAGUGUGACAGAGACGGCCUCCAGCUGACAGCGACUCUAGUCCAACCUGCCUUCACGGGGGUUUCUCAACAGCUGAGACUCAGUUCACUGGAUCAGGCGGAGCCCUCUCAGCGUCUGCAGGUGUUACUGGAGGCUCUGGGGGCGACCGAGGCCUCUCUGAGCCGCCUGCCGCCUCAGCUGCGCCUCCCGGUGGCCGUCACCUGCUACUGGCUGCAGAGAGCUCAGCCUCAUCCAGAUGAGAGUCUGCUGAAGGCGCUGCUGCUGGGAAUAAGUAACGGAGAGGGCCUGAGACAAAGAGCAGCUUUGCAGAUUCAGAAUGAACACUGUAAACAGAAGCUGGAUGUGAGGGUGGUCCACGCCUUCAACCAGUGGCAGGCCUGCCUCAAGGACAGCCUCCACCUGAACCAGCUGCUGGGCUUCCCGUUACCUGAACCACAGAUCGCACGGUUGUAUGAGGGGACGGUGGUCCACCAUCUGGUCUACUGGAUGAGGACUGGUGGAAAACUGAAGUACUUUUUGAAGAGUGAUUGCUCAAGUGUGAAACAGUACCAGGCCAUGCUGGCCGUCGUGCACCAGCUUCCCACUCAGGAGGUGUCGACGCCGUCAGAGAUCCAGAAGACAGCGGCGUCUUCACAGCGGCAGCCUCUGAACGACCUGACGGCAAACCUGCAGCAGCUGUACGGAGACGAGGACGAGGAGGCUGCGACUGAAGUCAGAAGUGCAGUCAAAGCACUGGAGGAUAUACAUCUGGAUGAUUUUGUGUCGGUGAGAACUCGAUACAAAGCUAAAGAGAGAAACAACCGGAGCAAAAACCCAGAACUGGCCCGCAAAGAGGAGUGCAGGGGCCUGGACUUCCUCUGAUCUCAGCCUAAUAAUAAUUUAUAAUUCAUCAUGAUUUCAUUAGACACGAGUUAAUCCCUUUAAAGCUGCAUUAAUACAAUUCUGGCCUCUUAGGGGCAGUAAAACAAUCUGACAUGUUAUCUCCUUAUACAGUUUUUAGCUGUUUGCUAACACAUUUUACAAACUUCUGAUGAAUAGUCCAAUAUUCACUCUCCUAGGACCUGCAGCUCUUUAGCUGCUAAAUGCUCCACCGCGUUUGUGUCGUCACUCCAGAACAAAGACCAAGUGUGUAGUGGUUUCUCUUUCUCUGAGUUUUUCUUUUUUAAUAGUAGUAAUAUUUAGAAGAGAGUUGAAAUGUUGUGUAUUUCUGUUUGUAUGGGUUUCUAAGCAUUUUAAGUUGAUCUAUCGUGCAUUAUUUCAUUUAAGGAAUUUAAGGUGUUUUCAGGUUGUAUGCAGAGUCUUAAAAAGUCUCUACAUAUAUUUAUGAAUAUAUAUUGUAAUUAUAUAUAAUAUUUAUCCAUUUAAUUGAUUUGUGUAACAUGACAAUGGCUGAAUUCAUGUUGAUUGAAGACUGUGGAGCUUAAAUCAGGGUUUUAUCCUUCAAAACGUCGUUUAAUCUCAUGUAGUCAAAGUUUUACAGAAACUUUUUGUGCUUCAUUCUGUACAAAAACAUCAGAUGAAUAAGUGAAAUUCAGUUUUAAAAUGUAGAUUUCUUUCUGUUCUGUUUAUGGAGGAAAGAUUUUUUAAAAAUCCAUCUUUUGUAAAUUCUUGAACUUUCUUGAUGAAUUUCUCUGUAACUGAUGAAUGUUUUAACAUGAAGAACAUUUGUAAAAUUCUUAUUUUUUCAAUGUCAGAUUUAAUUCCUAAAUGUAUUUGCAGUCAGGGAGGGAGGAGUCAAGGAAUAUAAAAUAAGGAAAUGUUAAAACUAUAAAAUCUGCUUUAUGGUGUAAAAUUAUAGUUUUAAUAAACUUUGAUAUAAACUUUUGAAA